AUGUCUUCCCUGGCCCAAACAGCACAAUUCAGCGAGAAGUCAAGAUUACAUCCUGAUCCCCGUUCACGAGCGUCAACCACGCAAUUGUUAACACCUCAUAAUGUGUCUGCCAAAGCAGAACCUUCAACAUCUUCGAAAAAGAAGAAUAAAAAACCGGUCUAUUCACAGCCAGCUGAUACAGGCACGGUGAAGCAUACGCUUAGUCAACUUCAUAAAGUCAUUAACUUUUUGAAGGAAAGAGUUGAUUCUCCCCAGUCGGCAGAAGAUUUAAAGAAUCAUCAAAUAGCGGACAUAACUGCUAAUGACGAGUUAUAUAAACUCAUGAUUAAUAAUGAAAAGAUUGAAUACGAUGCUAUGAAUGGUACCUUUAAAUACAAACCAGAGUUUAUGAUACGUAGCAGUGAAGAUUUACUUCAGUUACUGUACGAGAGAAAAGAUUCCAAGCCAUGCGGAAUGCACUUUAAAGACCUUGCUGACUCUUACGUAGACGUGACGACCUCAAUUCAAGAACUGGAAAAAGAGAGUCGAAUUUUAGUCAUUCGUUUGAUGAAAGAUAACUCUCCUCGUUUGAUGUUUUGGAAUGAUGUAGGCGAGAAUACUACUAUGGAUAAAGAAUUUGUUGAUAUGUUCCAUAAAGUAAAAACUCCUGACGAUGUAGAUCUCAAAGUAGAGCUUCAGAAAGCUGGUCUUCAGACGAUGGCUAUCUUAGAAAAUAAGGCAACUGGCGAGAUAAAACCUAAACAAAGAAAACGGAAACAAGGAAACAGAAAAAUCAAGAUAACAAACACUCAUUUAGAUCUCGACCUUACUAAAGAUUAUACACCAAUGAGAUCAUAA